AGUAACAAACUAGUUACAGUUUUUUUUUAUUAUUUUAAAAUUUAUUAGUAAAGUAUUUAAGUAUUAUUUAAGUAUUAUUUUAUAAAAUAAGUAUUUAAACAAUGCAAAUGAAAUUCGCUUCGGCAAUUUUUGUUAUACUGGUUGCAGCCAGUCCUCUGAACGCUUAUAAAAUCCCAGCCACUGGUUCUGGUGCCCUCGCCAAGGAAUUUCAAGACUUUAUAGACUUGAUUCCGCUCGACCAAAUAAUCGAAGUGACGAAGACGUACUAUGCCCAAGAUACGCAAUUCCGUAACAUUAUUCAAUUGAUGAAAACUGAAGAAUUAAAACAAUGGAUGCUAGAUAUCGAAUCGGUUCCCGAAUUCAAAUUACUGAUAAAUUACAUUCAGAAGAACGGUCUCGAUAUUUAUUACUUAGUUAAUGAAUUCAACAAAUCUUUGAAACUUCCGCCUCUUGUCAGUGGAAUCAAAGCUCUUUUCGGUUCUUUCGAUAAUAAAAUCACUGGUGGUUUUAUCGGUUAUUUGAUUGAUAUUGCUGCUCUUGUACCAAUAGAGAAAUUGUCUAAUCUUUUCACUGAGAAAAACAAAAAUUCCGAGGUAUUCAAGGCUUUCAUAGCAGAAGUAACUUCGUCUAAAUAUUUCGAUUUUUACAACAAUAUUUUCGAGGAUAAACAUUAUAAGAAUUUGGAAAAUGAGGCCGUAAAAUUAGGCAUAACUAGAAAUGAUUUCCAUACUUUUUCUCCUAUCUUUGUUUUCGUUGCGACAGCAUUCAAUAUGAUGAAAUUCGCUUCGGCAAUUUUUGUUAUACUGGUUGCAGCCAGUCCCCUGAACGCUUAUAAAAUCCCAGCCACUGGUUCUGGUGCCCUCGCCAAGGAAUUUCAAGACUUUAUAGACUUGAUUCCGCUCGACCAAAUAAUCGAAGUGACGAAGACGUACUAUGCCCAAGAUACGCAAUUCCGUAACAUUAUUCAAUUGAUGAAAACUGAAGAAUUAAAACAAUGGAUGCUAGAUAUCGAAUCGGUUCCCGAAUUCAAAUUACUGAUAAAUUACAUUCAGAAGAACGGUCUCGAUAUUUAUUACUUAGUUAAUGAAUUCAACAAAUCUUUGAAACUUCCGCCUCUUGUCAGUGGAAUCAAAGCUCUUUUCGGUUCUUUCGAUAAUAAAAUCACUGGUGGUUUUAUCGGUUAUUUGAUUGAUAUUGCUGCUCUUGUACCAAUAGAGAAAUUGUCUAAUCUUUUCACUGAGAAAAACAAAAAUUCCGAGGUAUUCAAGGCUUUCAUAGCAGAAGUAACUUCGUCUAAAUAUUUCGAUUUUUACAACAAUAUUUUCGAGGAUAAACAUUAUAAGAAUUUGGAAAAUGAGGCCGUAAAAUUAGGCAUAACUAGAAAUGAUUUCCAUACUUUUUCUCCUAUCUUUGUUUUCGUUGCGACAGCAUUCAAUGUGUAAAUAACAAUGCUUUCGAUUAAUUAAUUGAUUGAUAAAUUAAUUAACUCAUUUUUAUCUUAUGUAAAAAAUAUUUAAAAAAAAAAGAAAUAAAGUGUAUACUAUAUUGAAAA